AUGAAAAUGUCAUGUGACUGCGACUGUCUGCACAACAACAUUGUAGUGGAGAGUCUGGUGGUGGUGCUAACUUUGGUCUCGGGACUGGCAAUCACGGGAGAGAACCUCAUUGUGUUCAACUUAAUCACGGUGCCACAACACACAAGAAGUGUCACGAACAUCACCGGCACCAACAACACGGCAGAAGGCAGGGAAGUAGAGAUUAUUACGGAGAACAAUCAGGCUAGGAGCAUCCUGAACAAGGUCUUCCACUACGUCAGCUUGGGCAUUGCUGGUCUCUUCUUUAUUGAGAUUGUCCUAAAAGUGUGCUCUCUACAGAAGAGAUUUAUCAUCAACCCCUGGCAGAUUUUCGAUACUCUAGUAGUGAUUGCCAGUCUGACCCUGGAGCUGACCUUUCAUUUCGUCUAUCUGGGACACAGGGGCCUCUACUCACUGACCUACGUCGUCUUAUUUCGACUCUGGAGAAUACCAAUGUUGUGCAAUACUAUGGAGGCCAGCGAAUAUGACCUGGAACUCUACCGAAACGGCAGAAUCAAGGCAGAGGACAGAUGUAGAAUGUUGGAGACGACAUUGACGCAGCGAAAUGAGACUAUUAGAAAGCUAGAGAAGAUGUUGCGCGAUUUAACAGGGGCUAAACAAUUAGAUCUGACCAAAAGUGAAGGUACCGCCAAGAACAAUGGUCACCUGCCUCACAAGACAUACACAACUGAGGAUGAGCUGCAUGUCCAGAUGCCAUCGCUAGAGUCCAAGGACAGGCAAGCCUACUCUGUCGUGACCCGAGGUUCCCAUAGAUACACAUUUCCCGGUGAUUUUGAAACAGAGUUCAUGAGCACGUAUGACAUAGAGAGUUCAUCAGGACUCGACAACCCAGACAGCAUAGAAAUGAAAACAGCUCUACUUUAUAAACAAAUUUCAAAGAAAAGUCAAAUUUUGCCUAAAGACAAAGGAGAUGAUGCUAAUAAUUCCUCUAAUUCAGAAUCAUCUGCUAUCACUAGUCCUCACAAUGUUGACAAUAAGUCAACAACUGAGGUUGUGACAAACAGUGUUUUGUCUGCAGAAAACAUAUCUACUUGCCUAGCACGAAGAAGUCGAGUUUUUCUGAGGUCAAGAAAAAGACGCUCUUCAGCCAGCGAAAUACUCGAUUACAUAAAUCUGUCUUCGCCCAGUCUGGAUUCGAUGUUUGGCGAUAGCACACAGAAUCCAACCUCAGUUCCCAAUUCUGACAUUGAGAAAGAUAAUCUUAAAUCUGGUUUGGUUAAAGAUAAAUUAAUCACUAAAGACGUUCAUGAAAGUGUGUGCACAGACACUGAAAGCAAAGCUAACAAUAAAGCAGGUACUGGAGACACCAGUGCUAUAAGUCCACAGGAACACAAGACUAGACAGAUAAAGAGGCGAACUCGUAGAUUUGCUUCAUGCCCAGAAUACGUCUUCACUCAGAGAAUGAACAUCACAAAUGAUGAAUCGAUGCUCAUUGGAGAUGGGCACCCAGCAGACCAACAUUUUGGAUACAACAAUUUAGCUUUUAACGGCGACGACAACUUGUACUUCCCGGUGAUCUCAGAAUAUGGUGGAUCAACAACUUACAGGAACGAGGAUGGCAUACCGAUGACGUCUCUUUAA